CGAUUCGGUUCAGUGUUACAACCAGAAGAAGUGGACAAUUUUUAUGUAGCAACAACGGACAGCACAACAACACAUAACGCCGGGGGUGGGGGAGUCGCGUCAUCCUCAGCCGGAGCUGGGGGGCAGUUGCAAACUGCAGGGCAAUUUGGCGUCGCGACCGGUUCGUCAUCCAACCGACCUCAUCCGGAGCGAAUGCCCGAGGGACCUCCGCUCACUCGAACCCUCGAUCCCGUGGACGGUGGCGCAAUUGGUUCACCGGUAGCCGCAUCCGGCGCGACGGGGAUUGCUGGUGCCACCAGCAUGAGUGGCCCAAACGCGGGCGCCGCUAAUAACGCCGGCUCAUCAGUGGAUACACGGUCAUAUCUUCUCGAUUUCAAGUGUAUUGACGACACAAAAAGUGAAUCCGAUUCUCUUCUUAAUCGUCGACGGUCGGCUAAUGUUUCAAUGUGUUUCGAUGGGAGCUGCUCUGGUUCCCCGAUGAGUGGACCUUCAGUCCCAGUGACUGCCGGCGUUCCGCUUUCAGCGUCAGUGCCACCACUUGGAGGUUUUUCGGCACCUACUGACGUUGCUCCAGUCUCAAUGGAUCCUAACAACGGGGCUAACGCCUCUCAGAUUCAUGCGUCGCCUGGUGCUGUACGGUCGGGCGGUAUGGGUGUACGACACCAAACGAUGGAAUUCUUCGAACUAUACAGCCAAACCGGAAUGUUGUCACUUUUUGGCCUUUCGCCUCCGUUUGACGUCGUAUCAACAAUAAAUAACGAUGGUUAUCUGUUCAACGCUGAGGAUGGCAUUCGUCGAUCUCUGAUAGUCAGGGAUUCGGAUCUGCCUUCUCUUCUUGAUGAGCGUCUCCAGUCCGUGUACGACCUUCUUCUGGAGGCAGUCCGUGUGUCAGGAGAGAAACCAUUCCUUGGUAGUCAUUCCACACCCAAAGAACCUUUCUCCUGGAUGACCUUUAAGGCGGUUUAUGAACGAGUGUGUGACCUGGGCUCCGGUUUGAUUAAUGUCUGCGGUUUGAAGGGUCGCGAAGGUGGAAACUUCCUUGGCAUCUAUGGCAGAAACUGUGCUGAUUGGAUUAUUUCAGAAUUCGCCUGCGCCACCUAUGGCCUCGUUGCAGUUCCACUUUACGAUACUCUAGGAGCGGAUGCCACAAGGCACAUUUGCAAUCAGACCGAACUGACCGUGUGUGUUUGUGUAACACACGACCUUGUUCACAAACUCCUAGAACUCAAUCUGCCUAAGUUGAGGCACAUUAUUCUCGUCGAAUCAAACGAGAAGACAUUGCAGACGCUGCGCGAUGUGGCUGGUGACCGUGUGCAAAUUCAUGCAUUCGGUGAUGUUCUGGUAAGUGGCUGA